AUGCACCUGUCCGUGUGGCUGGACUAUCGAACAACCAAUAAUGAAGCAGAGUAUGAGGCGCUAAUAGCAGGGUUGCAAGUCGCUCGACAUGUGGGAGCUAGCAAUGUUUUGAUUCAUUCAGAUUUACAUUUAGCCGCUCAGCAACUUUCGGGAGCAUUUGAGAUAAGCAACGUCAGGCUCAAACUUUAUGCGGAAGCCUUCACAAAACUAAAAGCCGGUUUCCGAGAGGUGCUGAUACAGAAGAUUCCCCGAGCGGAGAAUCAGGCUGCAGAUGAGCUGGCUAAGCUAGCCAGCUCGAUAUCACCAAUCGUCAUCGAGCGGCCAGUCGAGCAGGUGUCUCUGGUCGCCCACAUCGACCGAAUGGAGGGGCUCACAUUCCCAAACGACUGGCGGACAGCCAUAGUGGAGUUCCUAAAGGCAAGAGCAACACCGCCCGGUCGGGAGGAAGCGCAUAUGCUAAGGAGGAGAGCUGGUCGGUUCGUGCUCAUCGGCGACUAG